CACGCAUAUGUAUCCUCUCAUCCUUCUCUGACCCUGCGUUGCAUAUGUACUUGCAUUGCAUAGUUGAUUUCGUAUGUAUUAUCCUAAGGCGCUUUUGGUUAGCUAGCUAGCAGCUUGAAAUAAGAACAAGUGGAGGCUGAAGGUGGCGGAGGGCGGCGGCCCGUGGCUCCGGUCGACGAACGGCUUCCUCGAGGCGACGUGGGAGUUCGACCUUCGACCCUGACCUCGGCACGCCGGAGGAGCACCGGUUCGAGCGGAAGAAUCCUGCCGAUCUCCUCAUGCCCAUGCAGUUCGCGAAGGCAAAUCCUCUUAACCUGGACUUUCCAGCUAUCAAGAUGGACAAAUGCGAAGAUAUUACAGAGGAAGCCGUAUUGAGCUCUUUGAAAAGGGCAAUCAGCUGCUUUUCUACCCUCCAGGCACGUGAUGGACACUGGCUUGGAGAUUACGGUGGCCCUAUGUUCCUCAUGCCAGGCUUGAUUAUAAAAUUGUAUGUGACUGGAGCACUGAGCACUGUUUUAUCAUCAGAACAUCAAAAGGAGAUCCGCCGGUAUCUCUACAAUCAUCAGAAUGAAGACGGAGGCUGGGGGUUGCACACUGAGGGCCCAAGCACCAUGUUUGGCUCAAUCUUGACCUAUGUUAGUUUGAGAUUGCUUGGAGAGGGUCAAUAUGGUGAAGAUGGAGCUAUGGAGAAAGGUCGGAAUUGGAUUUUAGAGCAUGGAGUAGCAACAUUUACAACAUCAUGGGGGAAGUUUUGGUUCUCGAUCCUUGGUGUAUUUGACUGGUCUGGUAAUAACCCGGUGCCACCAGAAGUAUGGCUGUUGCCAUAUUGCCUGCCAUUUCACCCAGGUUCUGCUUUCUUCGUUGAGGCAUUUCUGCGCCUAUGCACAUUUGCUAUUCACACUGCAUAUAUCUCCCAAUUACAAUCUGAAACACUAUAA